AUGGAUCGGGCGUGCUGGGAAUCCUUCUCGCCGGGGCCCCGUGACAUGGGAGUCAUCAGCCCCGGAGAGCGGCUGCUGAGAGCCAAGGAACCCCAUAUCGAGCCAAGCCGCCGUGUCAAGGGAGACGUUGUCGCCCAGGCCCCACCACUCCGCGAACGGGAAAUCCUGGUCUGCGGAGCGGCCCAAUUCGUUCUCGCCUGUGUCGCCUUCGAGGAGCUUGUCGAGCUGGCAGGCGAAGAAGCGUGA